AUGUCGGUUCUUGUGAACGGGAGUCCGACUAAGGAGUUUAAGGUCGAAAGGGAUUUGAGGCAAGGAGAUCCGCUUUCUCCUUUUCUCUUUGUUUUAGUAGCGGAAGGUCUUAUGGCCUUGGUGAAGAAAGCGACGGAGAUUGGUAAAUUUGAAGGGUUUAUUAUUAACGGAAAAAGCAAGAUAGAUAUUCUUCAAUUUGCGAACGACACGUUGUUAAUUGAUGAUGGGAGUUGGAAACAAAUUUUGGCUAUCGAGACGGUUUUGAAAUCUUUUGAAACAGUUUCGGGUCUCGGUAUUAAUUAUCACAAAAGAAAACUCAUCGGUAUCAAUAUCAGUGCUCGAUAUGGGGAUAUUUGUAUGCAGGUGAUCAACGAAGAUGUUUUUCUUAAAACUUCUUUUUCCCCUUUUUCUUGGUGGAAGGACAUCGUUUCUCUCGGUAGGAAUUCACAUAAGGAUGCAGUUGUGAAUAAAUGUAGAACUUGUUUAGGGAAUGGAUUUACAACAUCAUCUUGGCAUUCUUUGUGGAUUGGUAAAGUCUCUUUGAAGGAUUAUUUUCCUUCUCUUUUUUCUAUGUCGCAGCUGCAAGAAGUUUCAGUAGGAGCAAUGAGGGGAUGGACGGUGGAUGGGUGGUGUUAG